AUGCCGGCAGAUGAUUUAGCUAUUAUGUUUAGCCAUGCGACCAAAGGUGGCCACAUAUACGAGAAUGAAGAGUAUGAACCCCUGCAGGAAAACAUAGAACCGGUUGACAACAAUUUUGAAUCUUCAAAUGGGUAUAGACCUUCUGGCAAACGUCAUGACGAUGAUGACAAGGAGUCUGCGACAAAAUUUGCAACGUUUGAGACUUACGAACAAUCAACGUACGACGAGGAAAAGGCAAGUCUUAAACAGCCUGAAUAUAAAUCAAAAUGGGAAAAAUUCUAUAAUGAACACUUAGUGGUUGAUAAAUCUACGGUAGGUGUUUCAUUAUUGGAUUCCUUUAUGUUUAACAACGACUUAAAACCAGUGGAGAAGAAAAGAAGAGUAUGGUCCUGGUAUAAUUUCUGUUAUUUCUGGUUGGCCGAAUGUUUUAAUAUCAAUACUUGGCAAAUUGCUGCUACAGGUUUACAACUAGGUCUAAAUUGGUGGCAAUGUUGGAUUACCAUUUGGAUUGGGUACGGGUUUGUUGGACUGUUUGUCGUUCUAGCCUCAAGAAUUGGGUCGGCAUAUCAUCUUUCAUUUCCAAUAUCAUCGAGAGCAUCAUUUGGUGUCUUUUUCUCUUUGUGGCCUAUUAUCAAUCGUGUUGUUAUGGCUAUUGUUUGGUACUCCGUUCAAUCAUGGAUUGCUUUAACUCCAGUUUCUCUCAUGCUAAGGUCAAUCUUUGGUAAAAAUCUUCCGGAUAGAAUUCCAGAUCAUUUUGGGUCACCAAAUGCUACCACUUAUGAAUUUAUGUGUUUUUUCAUCUUUUGGGUGGUUGAAUUCCCAUUCCUUUUAAUCCAACCACAUAAGGUAAGACAUUUAUUUACUGUCAAAGCUGCAUUAGUUCCAUUUGCAUCGUUUGGGUUCCUUAUAUGGGCUGUAAGAAAGGCUGGUGGUACCAUUGCUUUAGGUUCCUUGAAUUCCGUUCAACCACAGGGUUCUGCAUUUUCAUGGGCGUUCUUAAGAUCUAUUAUGGGUUGUAUGGCAAACUUCUCCACAAUGGUCAUUAACGCACCAGAUUUUUCAAGAUUUUCGAAAUCAAAGAACUCAGCUCUUUGGUCGCAAUUUAUUUGCAUCCCCUUCUUAUUUUCCAUUACCUGUUUAAUUGGUAUUUUGGUUACUGCCGCUGGGUACGAACUAUACGGUGAAAAUUAUUGGUCUCCAUUGGAUGUCUUGGAACAGUUUUUGAUUAGAUCAUACACCAAAGGUACAAGAGCUGGUGUCUUCCUAAUUUCCUUCGUAUUUGCUGUGGCACAAUUGGGUACCAAUAUUUCGGCCAAUUCCUUAUCAUGUGGUACAGAUAUGUCUGCACUUCUACCCAAAUUCAUCAACAUUAGACGUGGUUCAGUUUUCUGUGCACUUAUGGCUCUAUGUAUUUGUCCAUGGAAUAUGAUGGCUACCUCAAGUAAAUUUACCAUGGCUCUAUCAGCAUAUGCCAUUUUCUUAUCAAGUAUUGCCGGUGUUGUUUGUGCAGAUUAUUUCGUUGUUAGAAGAGGUUACAUAAAAUUGACCCAUAUUUAUUCUCAUCAAAAGGGUUCAUUUUAUAUGUAUGGUAACAGGUUUGGUAUUAACUGGAGGGCUUUAGUCGGUUAUUUGUGUGGUGUUGGACCAAAUCUGCCGGGUUUUAUUUCAUCUGUCGGGGAUAUCCCCAUUUCAGAUGGGCCAAUGAAAUUGUAUUAUUUAAAUUAUUGGAUGGGAUAUGCGUUCAGUUUCGUAUCUUAUGUUUUUCUAUGCUAUUUCUUCCCAGUCCCAGGUACUCCUGUCAAUAAUAUCCUCAAGGAUAAAGGUUGGUUUCAAAGAUGGGUUAAUGUUGAAGAAUUUGAAGAGGAAUGGAGGACAGCUUUACGUAAGAAGGACUUAUCUGAUGAUGUAGUUAGUAUAGCUGAGCAUUCCCAUGAAAAAACCUUCUAUUAA